AAACACGCGGCGACUGUUGCAUGCUGGGCCGCCGCCUCACCGCUUCCUGUUUUAUUUCACAACGCUACGGAGGGCAUCGCAUGCUAGCUCGAGAGGCUACAGAGGAACCGCUGCAGAUCAAGUUCAACAACUGUACGACUAUGGAAGAAUACCUCACACAGACCUGGCUGAUCCGUCCAUGCUGCGACCACCGGGUCAGCACCGAGUUAAAGCCGACGGAACGCAGAGCGAGCGCAGGAAGCAGCGCUGAACGGGCAAAGGUCUUAGCUGGCUGCCUCAUUCCUCUGCAAUCUCGAGCGGGACAAGUGCGCUCUUGCCCCUGCAGGACAAAACUAGGCCCGCCGAGACUCGGCGCGCGCGCUCUGGGCCGAGUAUCGGGUGCCGGGUGGCCACGCCGAGACAAGUCGUCGCUCUGCAGGAAUUCCAUAGCUGCGGGGCUGCAGCAGAGAACUUUCUAUUCCCUGUGGUUGGGCAAUGCCAAGGGAAACCCACUUCCUCAUCCUGGAACUUCCCCAGCCGCCGAGGUUCACAGGGCCCGCUCCAGCCAACCAGCGCGCCACAAACACCGCCGCCGAGCUGUUUACAGGAAGCAGACAGCAAGCCUUUUGUGUUUAGCUUCUAUAAAAGGAAAUUCUGCAGAGGACUUCCUGGAAGGAGUGAUGAGGCUCACGCACAAACGCAUUAGCCAGCUCCACUCCCAUUCAUUCAAGCGAAAAUACAUCUGCCCUCCCUCUGUGUCAACAUCACCGUCCACCAGACGGAACCGGACCGGCGAGGCGAAGCGACCGAACUGCAAGACGAGGCUCCGGCCCCACAAUCAGACGCCUGUUCACGUCUCAGUCUGUCCCUGUACACGGAUGACUGCUGCUGCUGUGUUCCUAUUUAUUCCCACUGAGAAAUCACGCUCAGCCACUGACGUGGAGCGGCCACGGCCGACACACAAAGCCGACCAGCAACCAGCUUGUUUGGCGAAUCAACAGGACAGAAACUGA